CCGCGUGUCAUUCUCGUGUAUCACAAGAAUAGAGUUAGAUAUUGGAGUGCUUCCAAGUACAAAGUCAUUUUAAAAUCCUUUUCCAUAUCUCAGUGGAAAAUACAUUAAUCUCUCUUAGGAUUGCAUAAUAGCUUUAUCAAGUUCACUGCUUUCAUUUCUUAGCUGUGAUGAAAGAUAUAUAUCUACAAUAUCAGGGAAAAAUCUAAUAUCUACGGUUACUGUUAUUUAUAUAUUUAUGCUCAUUUUAUUCCUGCAUAAUAGUAAUGACAAUUUAAAUAUCAUCAGUUAUCGGCACUAUUAAUCAAAAACUCGAAAAGAAAAGAAAAAACACUGUCAGUUAAUGGUGAGUCACUCUUCAUGUAGAAGAGAUGGUGGGAAUCUGACAAUAAUUGGCUUUUUAUUUUAUAUUUACAAACAAUACAUUUUUAGUUUGGGGAAAAAAUGAAACAUAAGGGUUGUCUGACUUGGGCUUUACACUGAAAUCUUGUAUAAUAUGAAAUAAUUAAAUGGGUAUAGACAAGGAAAGGUAUAGAAAGUGCACUCUUUUGAAUAGCAUUGUCAAUAAACCAUCAUGAUUUAUCUAUGUGUAUGAAUAUAUACAGUAUAUAUCCCUGUAUCUGUAGAUGGAGGGAGUCAUUCGGGGUGUGAAAAGCUGCAUUGCAGCAUUCCUCUCACCGGAGUGGAGUAGAACUGAUGUGAUCUGUAUAAGAGCAGUUACUAUAGCUCAGUGCUUCCUGUUAUUGCCCCGAGCCAUCACCCAGACGCUGUCCUCGUUUAACAGCAUGCUCACCCAUAUAGCCAUCACCUAACAGUAACCCUGAAUGAGUGAGACUUCUGAAAACUGCCUGGAUUCCUAGUAAUAGAUAUUUGAUAGGGUGAAAUGAGGGACAAGUCAUGUUCUUAGCCUCAGUCCUGAAUGCUUAGUUUGGCUUUGACCUGAGUGUAUGUGUAUCCGGACUAUUUCAGUGAGUGGUUAAGUGACUUUGGAAUUGUUGCUAGGUUGUCAUAGUUGAGCUAUUGUGAUACCAAUCCUUCCAAGGACAAAUGCACAGAAUAUUAGUAGAUUAGUUUAUUUUAUGCUACAGUAUACAAAUGGUGUAUAUUCUGUAUUAUAGUGAGAAUAUGUUAUGUAACCCUAACGCUAAGUGCCCUGUUCUGAGUUGUAUAUGUAGAUUGUAAAUGUAAUUUUUGUGAUGUGUACUUUAAAAAAAAAAACAGUCAAGCAACGGACCAUAUUCUUCUUUUCACCCUUCUGCAGGGCAGCACAUGACAUCAGUCUGGAGGAGUUUGAUGAUGAAGAUCUAUCUGAGAUCACAGAUGACUGUGGCAUCGGCCUCAACUAUGACUCUGAUCCUUAUGAAAAGGACUCCCUCAUCCUGGAGAAGAGUGAUGUCCACCAUACUAUAUGCUCAUUCCAAGAUGACUUCCAGGAAUUUGAGAUGAUUGACGAUGAAGAUGAGGAUGAUGAGGAAGACGAGGAUGGAGAGGCAGAUCCCGAUGCUCCACCCUCUCCUUCUGCGUCGCCUCCUCUUUCCCCUACUUUAGGUUCGCUUAAGAGCCGCCCCACAACCUUAAACCUGACCACUGCAGUGUCACAGGAUUCCUUGAACAAUAACAGUAGUGUAUCUCCACGAAAGUCAAGCUGGCAGGAAUCUCUUCGCAACUCUACUUCACAGGGUCGUAUGUCUCCAAGCCACACUUGCCUUGAGGAUGGUUCCCACGUUACUGGCACAUGCACAGGGGCUCCUGGCACCACCGUCUCUGCCAAAGGUACUCCCCCAAACCUACCUGGCCACUGUGGUCUCAAUCAGUCACCUGGCAGGCCGCUGCUGUACGACUUUGAGGGCAACAGACGCGAGCGUCUUGAAUACGGUUCCUUUGGUCAGCACAAGUCCUCAGGCGGUCCUGAAGUCACUGAGGUAAAGCCCAAUGCUGAAGGAACUCUUGAUGAGCGUGUCUCCUCAGGCGAUGAUUGCACUUCCCAGUGCUCUGAUACUGAAGUUGACCAUGACCUCAAUGGCCAUGCCAAACGCCGACAGUGCCGUCCUCGACCUGACGACACAUACACCAUCACUACAGAGACUGCUGAUGACCCGGAGUUGGAAAAUGACCUUACAAUGGAUGGCACCAGCAAGUGCCUAUCCUCUACAGCCCCACUAGGGAAUGAUGCAGAGACUCCACUGUCAGAUGAAGAGUUAGAUAAGGAAUUUGAGAUUGACUUCAUGAGCCAGGAGACCUUUGAUCUAACUUGUAAGGAAGAAGAGGGCUCAUCCUAUGUUGAGUUUCCCAGCAUUGAACCCACAGAUGCAUCUUCUCUCUCUGCCCAUGCGUUGUCCAUUAUUCAACCCAGAGAUGAAUCUUGUGACUUGCCUCAGAUUCAACCUGCUGCUGCUGCUUCAUCAAAUGACACAACAUCUCCUUCCUCUGACCCUGGCAUUGCUGACAUGAAUACCAAGCGCUAUGCAGAGUCAGACCACCACAGUGAUGACCUUAGCUCCCCUGGAUCGGACUCUGAUCUUGAGGGUGAGUUGGAGGCAGAGUUUGCCUGUGGUGGUCCACUGGUUAGUAACAUGAUUUCAUCCAUCUCUGAGACAGAACUGGACUUGACUAGCGAGUCCAGCAGUGGAAGGUCCUCACACCUCACAAACUCCAUUGAGGAGGCCAGCUCCCCAACAUCUGACCCUGAACUGGACCAUGAGCUUGAUGUUGAGCAAGACAGUGGCAUUGUGGGUCUGAAGACAUCUCUUCUUUUAGGCCAACCUGAGCCCAUUAAACAAGACAUUUCCCUAUAUCUGAAGGACAGUCCGGACAUCCAUCCCUUGGAUGAUGGUCAGGCCCUGAUGGGGCUACAGAAUGUGGAUGAUGAGCAGGGGUUUGAGCAUCAAGCUGAUCCAGAUGAGACUCUGCCUCCUGCUGUGCCCUGUGAUGACAGCGCAACUCAUCAACUGCUGCUGAAGAUUGAACCAGAUCAUAGCCUGGAAAGUUUUAAACGGUCUUUCUACCUUCCCAUUGAACCUAGACACAUGCCUUCAGUGGAUGAUUAUGAUGGCGCCACUGAAGGGGACUCUGAGUCAGAAUCAGAGGAUGAACUUAGUGAGAACUCAGACUCACCAUGGCUUCUCAGUAACCUGGUCAACAAGAUGAUUUCAGAAGGGUCAUUUCCAAUCAGUUGUCCAGAGGAUUGCCUCAGGCGCUCUUCCUCCAUCUCUGACACCAUCUCACCCUCAUCUGACCUGGAAACAGAAGCCUUCAAUGACGUCGAAGGAUACAGUACACAGACACGAAAAUGUGAAGGGGAACAGCUAUCGGUGGGCUCAGAUAUGAGGACAGAUGGAGAAAAAGAGGACAGAAGAGACAGUUGUGGAUCAGGAAAAGAGCAAGAAAGCAAGGUUGUCAACUCUUGUCUAUACAUGAGCAAUCCUACAAAUGACACAGUUGUUCCUGUGUGCUUGGAGAGAUUCCACUCCAACAACACAAAUCAAGACUUUACAUCCCAGAGAUCACUGAAAAAUCAACAGAACGAGGAAGAGGAGGAGCCAAAUAAUGACUUGAUGAUGGACAGGAUGAAGGAUCUGGACUCCCCCAGCCUAAGUGAUAGCAUCGUCAGUGAUAAAGAUGAGGGACGAGAGACAAGAGUGGAUCCAAUUUCUCUGGAAAAAAUGACAGAGGUUAAAAACAGUCUGACGCUUGACAUCCCGACAGCACAGACUAAUCGCUGCUUCAGCCUCACGUACUCCACAGAUAAUGAUGAAGACGAGCAGGAUGCAUCACCUUACCUGGAGGCUAUUCACAAUCCACCUUCACCCUAUGGAGAUGAUACUUACCUAGACAGUUCCCCACCUAUUGACGAGAGUGUCCGGGAGUUGAGAAAUUCUUUUGAUCCAGUGGGUGUCAGGCCUGUGGAUGACUCCCUGGCAUAUGACUCAGUGAAGUACACUCUAGUUGUGGAUGAGAAUACGACUCUGGAGCUGGUGAGUCUGAAGCGAUGCACCUCUGUCCUCAGUGACGACAGUGACGGACUCUCCACUGUUUGUGAUGAAGAGGCUGCUGAUGAGGAUGAAGAGAUCUAUGGGCAGAGCCAGACAGUGGGAGGAAUGCGCCCUGAUCUAUUGUUGAGCUCCUCCUCAGAAGAAGACUCCUCACCAGAGGCAGACCUACCUUUCUCCAAGAAAUUCCUCAAUGUGUUUGUCAAUGGCACAUCGCGAUCCUCCAGCACAGAAUCUUUCGGGUUGUUCUCUUGCACAAUAAACGGAGAGGAGAGAGACCAGACUCACAGAGCAGUCUUCAGGUUUAUCCCACGUCAUGCAGAUGAACUAGAACUGGAUGUCGAUGACCCGCUUUUUGUUGAGGAAGAGGAGGAUGAUUACUGGUACCGUGGCUAUAACAUGCGCACAGGGGCUCGGGGGAUCUUCCCUGCCUAUUAUGCUCAUGAGGUCAUUGGCCAAACCAAAGACCUUCUGGCAAUGAAGAGAAACCCAGCAUGGAUGGAGAGUUUUACUGUGCAGUUUUUGGGUUCGGUUGAAGUGCCUUACCACCAAGGCAACGGCAUCCUCUGUGCUGCCAUGCAGAAGAUUGCCAUGGCGAGGAAGAGGACAGUGCAUCUCCGUCCUCCAUCUUUGUGUGAUCUGGAGAUUAGCCUCCAGGGAGUGAAGUUGAUCAUGAGUCUGGAGGAUGAGUAUGACCUCUCUGAGGAGUUUGACAGAUGUAGUCACUUCUUCCAGAUGAAGAACAUCUCUUUCUGUGGAUGCCACCCAAAAAACAACUGUUACUUUGGCUUCAUUACCAAGCACCCAGUCCUGAACAGGUUUGCCUGCCAUGUCUUUGUCUCUCAGGAGUCCAUGAGGCCUGUGGCUGAGUGUGUGGGACGUGCAUUUCAGGAGUAUUAUCAGGAGCAUCUUGAGUAUGCCUGUCCCACUGAGGAUAUCUACCUGGAGUAGAGGGGACAAAAAGGUUACCAUGGUAACCUCUGCCCAACAACAGAAGUGUGUUACUGGUUUUGGCCGCUUGAGGGCUCCUGGUG